GUCGCGCGCAUGCGCUCCUUUCCACGUGCGAAAGCCUGAGACUCGUGGAGUGAGGGAAGCUGCUGAUUGCCGGAGCCGCGCGACCAGAACGCAGUGAUGAAGCCAGGUUUCAGCCCCCGUGGGGGUGGCUUUGGUGGCAGAGGAGGCUUUGGUGGUGACAGAGGUGGUAGAGGAGGACGAGGCGGACGAGGAGGCUUUGGCGGAGGUCGAGGAGGCUUUGGUGGAGGCCGAGGUCGAGGUGGAGGUGGAGGCUUCAGGGGACGAGGAGGUGGAGGAGGAGGUGGACGAGGUGGAGGCUUCCAGUCUGGGGGCGGCCGGGGUCGAGGUGGUGGCCGGGGAGGCAAGAGAGGAAACCAGUCAGGGAAGAAUGUGAUGGUGGAACCACAUCGGCAUGAAGGCGUCUUUAUCUGUCGCGGAAAGGAGGAUGCCCUUGUCACAAAGAAUCUGGUCCCUGGAGAGUCUGUGUAUGGGGAGAAGAGAGUCUCUAUUUCAGAGGGAGAUGACAAAAUUGAAUAUCGAGCCUGGAACCCCUUCCGUUCCAAGCUGGCAGCAGCAAUCCUGGGUGGCGUAGACCAGAUCCACAUCAAGCCAGGGGCCAAGGUGCUCUACCUUGGGGCAGCCUCAGGCACCACCGUCUCUCACGUCUCUGACAUCGUUGGCCCGGAUGGUCUGGUCUAUGCAGUUGAGUUCUCCCACCGUUCUGGCCGUGACCUCAUCAACUUGGCCAAGAAGAGGACCAACAUUAUUCCUGUGAUUGAAGAUGCCCGACACCCACACAAAUACCGCAUGCUUAUCGCCAUGGUGGAUGUGAUCUUUGCCGAUGUGGCACAGCCAGACCAAACCCGCAUUGUGGCCCUGAAUGCCCACACCUUUCUGAGGAAUGGAGGACACUUUGUGAUCUCCAUUAAGGCGAACUGCAUUGACUCUACAGCCUCAGCAGAAGCUGUGUUUGCCUCUGAAGUGAAGAAGAUGCAGCAGGAGAAUAUGAAGCCCCAGGAGCAGCUGACACUUGAGCCCUACGAACGGGACCACGCUGUGGUUGUAGGUGUGUACAGGCCACCUCCCAAGGUGAAGAACUGAAACUCGGAGCUGUCUGGAUUCGAAGAAGUGUGU